UAAAAUCACACAGAGCAGCAAUCUCAUAUGUAAUUAAAUAUAUAAACUCUUAGUGACUUAAAGUAUGUAAUCAUGUACAUAUAUUCUUCUAACAUAGCACAUUUGAUGAAACAGAACUGUCGGGGAAGAAACGAGACCAAAGGAAGCAGGAAUGAGAAAAUGAAAAAGUGGAAGGUGGUUGGCGAGCGAGGAUGAGAGGGAGAAAGAGCGGGAACUCUGCUCCAAAAGCACUGUAGAAAGGAGAGAACGAACGUUAUUAACACUAUGCAUCAUACACCAGCUACAGGCCGGGGAACGAGCAGCGAGGCUUUUUAUCGCUCGGAAGAUAGGAUGCUCUCGGAGGAUAUCGCUACAAGUUUAGGCAACGAGCGAGCGGAUGCGAGAACACGGCAACAGAUACCAUCUGUGUGCGCUGCAUUCCAUUUGCUGACAAGUUCGGUCAGAUAAGGAACACGAUGAUCUUUUGCUGGCUUUACUGCUACAGUGAAUGGAAAUUCGGCCAGGUGACUUUGCGAGUUGAUAACUCGCAGGCAUGUGGACGGGACAUUUUGUGUGCGCCGAUUAAUCGCAUCGUUAAUUUUCUUCAUCAAUCAAAUCGAAACGCUUGUUAAUAAUUACUGGGAAGUAACAAAAUUUUGUCGCGCGAAUAUUAACAUACCGGGAGUGUCGAUGUUUUGUCGGGCGAGUAUUUAUGUACCGGGAGUGUCGAAGUUUUAUCGCGCGGCGUUUGUUAGCGUGUUUUUGCGAUCGGUUUUCGCGAGUGUCCAGUGCCAAGGAGUAGUGCUGCUCACAAUCGAUGAGAGUUAUGGACGAUCUUCAGGGGUUUCAUGCCAGUUGCAGCUUCUGCAUUAUGCACGUACAGAGGAAGGUUGCUGUUCAUGAAACAACACCUUUAUCUUCACUUGCACCUCGUUUCGCAGAGCCCGCCACUUCCUCUUUCAAUCGUCUUCUGCGAAAUCGUGCUCGAUGGAACUGCGACCUAAAUAAUCGCGCAGCGAGGCGAAUCAGGAAGCGGGGAUUAAGGAGUUCCGUCGCGCCGCAGAAUGAGGUGUCAGAUCGCAGACGGCGGCGGGGAACCGUCGAAGUUUCCAGGUCGAUAGGGCGUACAAGAGGAGCAACUCGAGAGGCCGGUCAGGAAAUGCAAAGAGUGGAAGCAGGAGGAGGCGCGGAUGCGAAGAGGAAUCGGAGGUCAGAACGAAGGAGGAGUCUCUCUCCCCCCCUUCGAGAGGGGGGAGAACGAGAUGACAACGAGGGUGCGCGGUGGAACAAUUGAAUCAGCAAAAUCAAGCACCCAGGGUCGAGAGAGGAGUAGUAGCGCGCGCUCGAGCGCAAUCACAAUCCGCUGCGAAUUUAAAUGCCGCCGCCCUGUGUAAGUCGGCGUGUUCGACCGCGCGCGGCCACCGGAGGCCAGGAAGAAGAGGACAGGAAGCUUAACGGCGUAUGCGCGCGACACGGAGCAUUGCCAUCUCCGGAGAUGCAUUUCCGUUCAUCAGACUUAUCCGGUGCUCUACGCGGGGCUCGAUUGCGCGAAUAAGUCUAGUUUUUAACUGAACUUAAACGCGCUAUGCUGCUCCUCGUCGUUUCCUGCGAAAUGUUCGGAACAUACGCUUGUGUUUUAAUAGAAAUACACCUGUGAAAUUAUGUUCUGGAAUCGCUUUAUCGAAACUUUGUUUGAACUUUACUGCAACUCGACAGGACGUAAUUCAAAUUUCGCUGAUUUCCGUGUUAAAAUUAGGCACACUUAAAUUAGAUUCGGUCGUUACGCUGGGAUAUCCGAUAUCGUCCGAAAUCCUGCUGCGCUUGCAAAUCGCGCUUCAACAUAAUUUGCAUUUCAUCGGUCAAUUCGGACAGGCAUGACGUUACUGUUAUUUUUAUCGCAGCACGGUAAACGCAAAUUUCUCUCGCAUCGCCAAAUUUUGUAUUUACAGUGCAAAAGUAAUGCGCAUAUCAUAAAAAAAUAUAUUAUCGUGCGAGGUGCGUGCUUUUUUCCAAUGAUGAUUAUAGUGGUGCUGUGUAUCCUGCGAAGUAGCAAUUAUAUUAAACAAAACGUCGUCAACGCAGUCACGCACGGCUAAUAAAAUCUCCGAGAGUCGUUCAAUGCGCGAUGUAUAACGA